AUGUCCAUCGGAGAGAGACUCGUACCUCAUGUCAUUGAUGAAUGGGCUAGAAGUCAACCAGACACCAUAUGGGCGGCUUAUCCCACAUCUAUCGAAGCCCUUGCGCAAGGGCAAUUGACACAUAUCACCUGGAAAGCCUUCUCGAACGCCAUCAAUCGAUUAGCAUGGUGGUUGACGGAACGACUGGACAAUAGCGAGUACCUCGAGACUCUGUGCUAUGUCGGCCCUUCGGACAUUCGCUAUUUUAUAUUUGUUGUUGCGGCUUGCAAAGCUGGCUUCAAGGCACUAUUCUCCUCACCUCGCAAUCAGAUCGCUGCACACGUCUCGCUCAUAGAAAAAACACAAUGUCGCACCCUCAUUGGUGUGAAGAACUCUGUCGUCAAUGAUAUCCUCAAGAACACAUCUGUGAGGUUUUUGGAUGUUCCGUCCCUCGAAGACCUUCUCGACACGACAGAGGCUCGACCGUUCCCGUACGACAAGACCUACGAUGAGGUAUCACAAGAACCCCUGCUCGUACUGCACACUUCGGGAUCGACUGGCCUACCAAAACCGGUCAUGGUUAGACACAGUUUUAUGGGUGCCAGAGACGAUCAACAGCUGUUACCGCCUGUUAAUGGCAGACACAUCACUACUCGAUACUACUCUGACAUCAAGAUGUAUACGGCUCUACCACCUUUCCAUGUAAGACAUAUCGACAUCUACUUGUUGCGUGUACUGACAAGACUANNGUCUGCCGGCAUCGACUUUCUCGGCUUCUCAGUCUUCCAAGGAACGAGACUCAUAUUCGGGCCUCCAGAUAAAAUCCCAUCACUCGAGAUUGUACAACACAUGCUUGAGCAAAAUCUGGCAGACGCUGCCGUGAUGGCACCAAUAAUCCUAGAAGAACUGGCUGAAUCACCUUCAGCACUAGAAAUAUUAUCCUCCUGGAGCAGUGUCUCAUUUGGUGGCGGACCGCUGUCUGGCAAAUCGGGAAACACUCUCUCGAAGUAUACCAAUGUUUACAAUCUACUUGGAUCUACAGAAACAGCCAAUCUACCUGAACUCACACCAGCCGACCCUAAAGACUGGCAAUAUCAUGAGUUCCACCCGUCAAUUGGCCUCGACUUCAGACACAACUCCGGAAAUCUGUACGAGCUGGUCUUUGUACGUCAACCUGAGGACGGAAUCUACUUCGCUCCUUUCACCACAUUUCCGCUCGAAUCCGAGUACUCGAUGAAGGACCUUUACGCGCCCCACCCANNAAAAAAGCAAGGUUUAUGGUUGUAUCAAGGCAGGGCGGACGAUAUCGUGGUGUUGUCUAAUGGCGAGAAGUUCAACCCAAUCGAGGCCGAACAGAUUAUUUCAUCGCAUCCCGAAAUCAAGGCUGCGAUCAUUGUCGGCUCUUCUAAAGAACAGCCUGCCGUCUUGAUUGAGCCCACGCCGAAACUCGCUGAGUUCAGCGAGCAGGACAGGACAGACUCUGUCUGGGACCUUGUGUCAAAAGCCAAUGAACACUUACCUGGCCAUGCAAAGGUUGACCAAGCACAUACCAAGAUUUUGGGAGACUCAGAGGCCUUUUUGAGAAGCACCAAGGGCACGGUGCAGAGACGACCAACGACUCACAAACUUCAAGACGAUAUCGAGAAGGUGUAUCAAGAUGCAGAGUCCGGCCUGCUUACGCAUGAUCUGGACUUCAGCAGCAUUGAUGCACUUCGUAAGAGUGUUACCAAAGCUCUGUCUGAAGUUGGACUUAGGGAUGCUGAACAUAUGCGAGACGACGAGAGUUUGUUUGCCUAUGGUCUUGACUCCCUACAGACCCUCAGACUCUCGAAGGCUUUCCAGUCGAGUUUGGACAAUGGCACCAACAGCUCGGUAUUGAAGACCAUGAUCUACAACAAUCCAACUAUUGAGAAGAUUGCUCAAUCUCUUACAAAGCUCAAGAAUGGAGAAGAUGUGCAAGGUCAACGCUCGGAGGAUGCACAGGCCGAGAUGAAGAGGAUUCUUGACGAAUCUCUGGACUCUCUCGAAAGAACCGAUGCAACCGCUAAAAAGAUACCUGCUUCAUCGCAAACAACACAUGUCCUGCUGACAGGCUCGACUGGUGGUUUGGGAAGUUACAUCCUGGAUGUGUUACUGACCAACCCGAACAUCACAGUAACCUGCCUCAACCGAGCCGGCUCCGACUCCAAGAAACAAAAGAGGAUCAACGCAGAAAAGGGUCUCAGCACCGACUUUUCGAGAGUUGACUUCAAGCAGGUUGACCUCAACAAGGCCUUCUUUGGGUUGGACGAAGAGUCGUAUAGGAGUCUGAGCGAACGAGCCACGCAUAUCAUCCACAACGCUUGGACCGUCAACUUCAACCUCUCCGUUACUACAUUCGAAGAUCAGAUCCGAGGUUGCCGAAACCUGGUUGGCUUCUCGAUGGAAAGCGUCAACAGACCACACAUCCAGUUCAUCUCCAGCGUCGGAGCCGCCAACCGGUGGUCUGACAAGACUGAAGAGGCUGUACCGGAAAGCGUACUCGAGAACAUGUCAUUCUCCGAAGACAUGGGAUAUGCUCAAUCAAAGCAAGUAUCUGAAUUGCUCUUACACCACGCAAGCAAGAAGUAUCAGGUGCCUUCAACAGUCUGUCGUGUCGGACAAAUCACCGGACCAGUGCAACAUCANAAAGGCCGAUGGAACGACGCUGAGUGGUUUCCAAGCCUCAUCAAGACGUCCAUGUACUUAGGCAAACUCCCUGCCAGCCUUGGAUCGAUGGGUCGCAUGGAUUGGAUCCCCGUCGAUAUCCUCGCAAACACGGUCGUGGAAGUCUUGCUAGCUGGCUCUGAUGAGACAACCUCCCGAUUCGUACAUCUCCUCAACCCUCACGAAGCCAAGUGGGAAGAUGUUCUACCGCACGUACAGAAAUCGCUCGACAAAGAACUGCAGGUCGUGCCUUACGAAGAGUGGCUGUCUGAUCUGCAAGCUUCUGCGGAACAAGAGCAUGACGAGGCAAACCCUGCUAUCAAGUUGCUUGACUUCUUUGAAGAAAACAAACACGCUCUGAACCCGAGGUUUUCGACUGCCAACGCGCAAGAGAUGAGUCAGACUCUGGCAAGUCUACAACCUGUCAGUGGUGAGUGGAUGGAGUUGUGGAUGAAGCAAUGGGGAUUCGGUGGCGCUAGAGUAGAGAGAUACUCGAGGAUAUGA